GUCUGUGAGGAGGGUCAGGAUUCAAAUUCUAAGUGGUAAGAUGUCCCUAUUGUCAGCGGGGUAUAUAGGAGACAGAGAGAGAGUUGGCACAACAGAGACGCUGCUCGUUAUCCAUCAGUGAAGAUCCUGAAGUUGGAAAUAUCACCAUGGCCUCCUCGCACUGCAUUUGGAUUGCUUUAUUUCUUCUGUCGGCAUUGACAAGUCACAUCAGAGUAUUUGGUCGUGCAGUAGACACGUUGGGAUUUCUGUCAAAGUCGGUGGAGACUGCACAUGUAUCCUCCGGAUCCACUUUACGCACGGACGCUUUGAGGCGAUGGAGGCGCGGGAUUACGGAGACGCACCGGGAGCGGUGCGCGGUGCUGGCGGUCCCUUGGCUGGAAAACGCACGACAAGCUCCUGAGGAUCAUGCAACGCUGUUGCAGCUCCGUGUUCGGCCUUUUUCCCUGGGGGCCUCACAGGGCCUGGUAUUCCCAGGGAAAUAUCUUUUCAGCUUUGUCCGCCGGGUUUACCACUGCUGUCAAGACGGACUAAACUGCAGGAGCGUAAAGGGAAUUCAAGGUCGCCUGAGAGGAGGCACGGAUGUGGAGUUUCUCCUCACCAGAGAGAUUUUAUCGUUGACGAUCGUAAGAGCCGAGCUUCACCUCCAACUCUCAAACCCACAACAUCUGGAUAUCCAUCCUGUGCUUCUAUAUAUGGCAAAGCGAGACCAUCCUACAAGGUACAGUUUGUGGUCACGGGGCAACACAGUGGAGCUGAGAGUGGAUCUGCUGUUCCUUUUCCAGAGUCUGCAGGAGGUGGCAGUUGGUGCUGGAGGGGGUCCCAGCUUGGUGAACAUGCGGCGGGUGGUGUCUUCUUCCAGGGGGUACCCACCAGGGGAAAAGCCUGCUUCUGGGGCCCUGCAGGACGCUAAUGGUGAUGUGUGGGGGGAUGGGGCUGCCAGCACACUGACUGCUCAGGAGCUGGGCCUGGUCCUGGGCUGCAGUCAGGCUGGAUCAGCGGUGUCCUGUGGAACUGGUGGCGUGCACCUCUUACACACACCUUUCAUGGCUGUGUACUACAGGUGAAGGCAAACUGAGACUGGACUGCUCUGCAUGGACACAUCUCACCUGUCUAAUCUUUUCUAGCUCAAAAGACACACAACCUCAAAGCUUACACGGAAAUGAUGCACUUCAAUGUCAAAUCUAUUAAUUUAUAUUUUUUGUAAAAUAUAUAUAUGUAUGUAAAGAGUGAAUAUGAUAUACUGUGACUUUAUGGAGUCAUUCUUUGGUUAUUAAAGCUUGA